AUGUUUAGCGGCAGCAGAGGGUGGAGGGAGGACGUGCUGCAGUACUGGGAGGGGCAGGCAAAGAACGACGACCCAGUGGCUUGCUAUGAGCUCGCUAAGCUGCUGGAGCAGCAGCAGCAGCAGCAGCAGCAGCAGCAGCAGCAGCAGCAGCAGCAGCAGCAGCAGCAGCAGAGUGCUGCUGAGGAAGAGCGAACGCGGGGUUUGCUGCUGAAGGCAGCAGAUGGGGGUGUUGCUGCUGCAGCACGAGACUGCGCGCUGCUGUCUCUUAAAAAAGGUGACACACAAGCAGCAAUAGAAAUGCUUACAAAAGCAUACAAAACAGCAGCAGAGUACGGCAUCAGUGCAGACAACAUACGAAGAGCACUGCAGCUAUAUAACGAGAGAGACUAUGAGGGUUCGUUGCUGCUGUCUUUGGCAGCAGCAGAAGAAGGAUAUGAAAUAGCUCAAUCGAAUGCAGCAUUUCUGCUGCAGUCUGGUGCUGCUGCUAUUCCUGCUGCUGCUGCUGCUGAUCCUGCUGCUGCUGCUGCUGCUGCUGCUGCUGCUGCUGUAUUCCCUAAGGAGAUGCUGCAGCCAGUGCAGCCACACACAGAUCAAAUGCAGCAGUCUAACAACACCCCGCAGCAGCAGCAGCAGCAGCAGCAGCCGCAGCAGCAGCAGCAGCAGCAGCCGCAGCAGCAGCAGCAGCAGCAGCAGCAGCAGCAGCAGCAAGUGAAUCAGGUGUACAGACAGCUGAACCGCGCAGCACUGCAAGGAAAUGCUGCAGCUUUAAGGGAGGUUGGCUUGAUGCAUGCAGACACCAAGUGGGGUGUAUAG